AUGAAGAUAUACUUUAUCCUCCUCGGGUUGCUCGCCUUGGUCAUGGCAAAGCCCCAGGUCCCUCCACCUUCAUCCCCUCAGCCUGCGCCUGUCCCUCCUCCAUCUCAACCACCAGCUCCCCCAAUCGACCCAGCUCCUCCAGCCGAUCCCCCAGUUCCCCCAGCUGAACCGCCAGCUGAACCACCAGCUGAGCCUCCAGUCCCGCCAUCUCCACCUCCUGCUCCGGUUCCUCCCCCUGAAGAACCGGCUCCCGCACCUCCGCCUUCUUCUCCGGCCCCUGUCCCGCAGCCUCCGGCGCCAACGGAUCCGGCCCCGGCCCCACCAGCUCCGAACCCUACGGGUGCACCACCACCACCAAUUGAAGGACCAAUCUGCGAAUGCGGUCACUGUGGAAACGCUAACGCCUCAGCAGCCAAACCUUGGAAUGAAGCCCAACUCUCCGAGGCAUACUGCAAGACGCCAAACGCCAACUGCCCGCAGGGCUCUCCAGCCACCAGCGUCGACUCGGCCCUGUACAUCUGCCUCUGCGACCAGAUCGACCAAAAGGUCGGAGACCACCUUGAGCUCCUCUGCGGCUGUGAUACGUGCCUCAAUGUCGGGCCGGACUUUAGAGGUCGAUGCAAGACGCCCUGCCUGCCUGGUCACGGCGGAGGAAGCGGGGCGGGUGAUCCAAACAUCAAGGAGGGAGACAAGGGGGAGAGCCCGAUGCGAGGGAGUGGUCGGCUGGGGAGAUUCCAUAUGUAG